UCCCGAUUAGUAUUAUCCCGCGCCCACCCACCCUGUGCUCCGUCUCUCCCUCCCCACCCUCUUCCUCGCGUCCGGCCGCCGGCGCCGAACCGAGGGCGAGCUCCGGCGAUUCGCUCCAGAAUAUUGUACCUUGAAGCACUGAGAUUUCACAAUUUUUGUUGGUCAAUGCGACAAAAUGAUGCCACCUCAAGAUCCAUUUUACAUCGUUAAAGAGGAAAUUCAGGAUUCUAUUGAUAAACUUCAAGCUACUUUUCACCAAUGGAAGCAGACCCCUUCAGACACUGGAGAGCAUGUUCAUCUAACAAAAGAGUUCCUUGCCAGCUGUGAAAGCAUUGAGUGGCAGGUGGAUGAAAUGAAGAAGGCAAUUGCAGUUGCUGCAAGAGAUCCAGCGUGGUAUGGCCUUGAAGAUGUUGAAGUUGAAAGACGUCGAAAAUGGACUAGCACUGCUCAUAAUCAGGUUGGUACUGUGAGGAGAGCUGUAGAAGCUGGAAAGGGGAAGAGCAGUUCAAUCAAUGGUAUGCAACAAGAGCUGAUAAGACUUCCAAGUGGUCAUGCUUCUCAGGCAGGCAGAUCAAACCACUUCAUUGCCAACAAUGAUGAUUUUAUCUCUUCAGAAUCAGAUCGUCAGCUGCUCCUAAUAAAGCGACAAGAUGAGGAGCUGGAUGAGCUAAGUGACAGUAUUCAGAGAAUAGGUGGUGUAGGACUCACCAUACAUGAAGAACUUGUUGGGCAGGAAAGAAUUUUGGAUGAACUAAGCAUGGAAAUGGAAACUACUUCGAAUAGGCUUGAUUUUGUUCAGAAAAAAGUGGCCAGGGUUAUGAAGAAGGCUGGCGCAAAGGGACAACUUAUGAUGAUAGCAUUCUUGACAGUUCUUUUUAUUAUUCUUUUUGUUUUAGUCUUCUUUACAUAGAAAACAGAAUAACAUUGUUUGACUGAGUAUUUUGUCGAAUGGAAGAUGUAAGCAAAGGUUUAAAAAGAUUUGAAAUCUUCAAAUAUAUCACUAGUGGAUAGAUAUUCAUAUAUCA